UCAGUAGCAAUGAGGCAGUCUGGCGAAUCUUGGAUUUUCCAAUUCACGAACGAUAUCCAACCGUUGUUCAUUUGGCUGUUCAUUUGGAAAAUGGUCAACGCAUUUAUUUCACCGAAGAUAAUGUUCAUGAGAAAGUUAAUGAACCACCAAGAACAACACUAACAGCAUUUUUCUUACUCUGCCAGAAAGACGACUUUGCCAAAACGCUGUUGUACUGUGAUGUUCCAAAAUACUACACAUGGAACGCGUCUGAAAAAGUGUUUAAGCGGCGUGUUCAAGGAACUGCUGUGCUUGGUCAUCCAGACAUUAGAGAAGGAGAUGCGUUGGGUCGUGUUUACACUGUGCAUCCUAAUAAUUUCGAAUGCUUUUUCCUACGACUCUUACUUCAUGUGGUCAGAGGCCCUACUUCAUUUGAAGCUCUUCGAACUGUAAACGGUCAGAUCUGUGCAACAUUUCGUGAAGCAUGUCAAUUACAUGGAUUACUGGAAGAUGAUCAGCAAUGGGAUGCCACCAUGUCCGAAGCAGCUGCAGCUCAAUCGCCAGCAAGAUUAAGAUAUCUAUUGGCUCUUAUUCUAGCUGUUUGUGGACCAUCCAAUCCAAAACAAUUAUGGGAGUCGCACAAAGAAAGCUUGACUGAAGACAUUCUGAGAAAUGCUCGCUGGCAAAAUCCUGAAAUGAAUUUGGAUUAUACACCAGAUAUGUUUAAUCAAGCACUGAUUAUUAUUGAAAAUAAAGUUUUAGAGAUGGGUGGCAAAGAACUUGAGAAAUUAGAGCUCCCAACUCCUCAACGAAAUUCGGGUGAUCGAUUAAACAGUGCAAUGCUCAGAGAAACAAGUUAUGAUGUGAAAGAGUUGGAUGCUUAUAUAACAGCAAAUGAGCCACUGUUGGUGCCGGAUCAGAGAGCUGCAUACGAUGCGAUUUUGAAUCAGAUCGAGAAGAAAGCUGGUGGAAUAAUCUUCCUUGAUGCACCUGGUGGAGCAGGGAAGACAUUUGUCAUUAAUUUGUUAUUGGCUAAAAUCCGGCAUCAGUCAAAGAUUGCGAUCGCCUCUUCCGGUAUCGCUGCUACGCUACUUCACGGUGGUCGUACUGCGCACUCGACAUUAAAGUUACCUCUUAAGUUUUUGGAAAAUCAAACUCAUGUCUGUAGUAUUACCAAAGGAACUGGCGAAGAAAAGGUUCUGCAAGAAUGUGAACUUAUUGUAUGGGACGAGUGCACAAUGGCUCAUAGGUAUGCAUUAGAAGCUUUGAACCAUACUUUACAGGAUCUUCGUAACAAUGGAAAGAAUAUGGGUGGAGUAGUUGUACUUAUUGCUGGCGAUUUUAG